AUUUUCAUACGCCAUUUUAUAGGUCAUCAUUACAUAGAUAUGCUUCCAGAUUAGAGAAACAUUCAUCUAAAGAUGCAAGCGACCCUUCCAGCCAUGUUAAUUAUUGUCAUUUGUCAAGAGAAGAAAUGGUUACGCGUCUGCAUGGGCUUCACAAAAAGAACCGUGCACUUACAGUUAAAGUGAGACGCUUACAGACGAAGCUUGAAAAGGCAAUAGAAACAGAUAGUGUUGUUGUAGAUGAAGAAACCUCACUGGAUUUUGAGAAGAUUAUGGAGCAGGAAGAAUUUAAUAUCGCAGAGAAGUUCUCAGAUGAUUCAUUUCAGUCAUUGUUCUGGAAUCAACAGAAGCUAGCUCUAUCUAAGACAGGCUCAAAGAAGAAUGGUGUUCGCUGGCAUCCAAUGAUUCUCAGAUGGUGUAUAUAUUUGAGGCACCAAUCUAGUAAAGCCUAUGAAACGAUCCGAGACUCUGGCUGUAUAGCACUCCCUUCCCAGCGCACAUUAAGGGAUUAUUCAAAUGCCGUUAAGGCUGAGGCUGGCUUUUCAUCUCAAGUUGAUAACCAACUGCUUCUGGCAUCUAAACUGAUGACCUCAGCCAAGUAUCACAAUCUAAUUGUAGUUCUUAUUGACGAAAUGCAUAUUCGAGAAGAUCUUGUGUACAAUAAGCAUACAGGUAAAUUGGUAGGGUUCACAGACAUAGGGGAUAUCAAUAAUCAUCUGAUGCGUUUUGAGAAGUCUUUAGACUCCGAGAACACCCCACCACCUUUAGCCAAAUCUAUGGUUUCUUUCAUGGUAAAGGGAUUAUUUACUUUUCUUAAAUUUCCUUAUGCACAAUUCCCCUGUGUGAGUUUGGUUGGUGAGCAACUAUUUCCUUUAUUUUGGGAAGCUGUAUUUAGAUUGGAGCGUAUCGGAUUCAAGGUUAUUGCAACUACAUUUGAUGGGGCUUCCGUUAACAGGAGAUUGGUGGCCCUACAUGACCUGUCAGAUAAGCUCGUAUACAAGAUUCUUAAUAUACAUGCCGAAGAGAAAAGAUAUAUUUAUUGUUUUUCUGAUCCUCCUCACCUAAUCAAGACAGUCCGGAAUU